AGUAUCAAUCCUUCUUUUGAAACUUAGAUAUAUACAGAUCGAGUUAAUUUGAGAAUCCCAAGAAAAUGGUGCAAUUCAACCUCGUAGCUUUAACUUUGUUGGUGUUGUUGUCAUGGUGGAGCUUUGGGUUUGAGGGUGCAGUAGGAGACCCUCAACUCUUUUUACUCAAAUGGGAGUGCAGCGUAGUCGCGGUAGACGACUUGUUCAACUUCAAUCAAAAUCUAAACGCAAGUUUGGCAGACCUGAGAGUGCAGGUGAGCAACCAAAGCAAACAAUUUGCCACGGUUCAAUCAACAAGUGGAGCAGACCCUGUCUAUACUAUGUUCCAGUGUAGGAACUACCUCUCCAACACUGACUGUGCCACUUGCUUCGCCGCUGCCGCUGCCAAAAUCCGCAGCUGCUCCACCGGAAAUGGUGCUCAUGUCGUUUAUGACGGCUGCAUCCUCAGGUACGAGAACAAUGAAUUCUUCGAUCAGAUUCCCACUACUAUAAGCAACACAAUUUGUGGAAAUCAGACUGCAGAUGAAAGCACUGGUUUUGGUGCAGUUGGACAGCAAGUGCUGAUGGAUCUACAAAUAGCAACACCCAAAAUUAGUGGCUACUUUGCAGCUACCAAGACACAAGUGGCUGGCGGUGCAAUCUAUGCCAUUGCACAAUGUGCUGAAACUCUCACACAAGACACUUGUUCGGAUUGUUUGUCAAUUGCACAGAGCGGCAUACAAGAUUGUCUUCCAAACACAGAUGGUAGGGGAGUCAAUCCUCCUGUGUGUUUUAUGAGAUACUCGGAGACACCCUUCUUUGCUGAUAACCAAACCAUUGAUAUCAGUCCCUUCUUAAAACAAGGAGGAGGAGGUUCAAUCAAGAAUUGGGUCUUUAUUGGUGGUGGUGUUGGAGGUGCACUACUUGUUGUGAUCCUUAUUUCAUUAUUUCGGUGGCAUAGAAGAUCCCAAAGUCCCAAGAGAGUUCCUAGAAGUACCAUGAUGGGAGCAACUGAGUUGAAAGGUCCAACCAAGUACAAGUAUACUGACUUGAAAGCUGCAACAAAAAAUUUUAGUGAGAAAAAUAAAGUAGGAGAAGGAGGCUUUGGCACUGUGUACAAGGUAAACUUGUGUUCUUACUCACAUUUCAAUUGCGAUUGUAAGAGUUUUUGUUUCCUUUUUACUGUAUACUAGUAAACUGAGAUCUCCAACAUAAGCUAAGAUCAAAGGUAAUAUUAUUAUUAUAAGCUAUACAUCUAAUGAUAAUUUUUAAUUCUGAUGCUAUUGAUCGAAUAGGGGACUAUGAACAAUGGGAAAGUUGUUGCAGUUAAAAAAUUAAAAUCAGGAAAUUCUAGCAAGAUAGAUGACGAAUUUGAAACUGAAGUAACACUUAUAAGUAAUGUUCAUCAUAGAAAUCUUCUUCGGCUUCUUGGUUGCUGCAGCAAAGGCCAAGAGAGAAUCCUUGUUUACGAAUACAUGGCGAACGCCAGCCUAGACAAAUUCUUAUUUGGUAACUGGUAACGUGAUUUGUAUAAGUUUUACUUUCUUAACCAUCAUCUUUUCUCCUUUGAUGUUUUAAGCAUCUAAACUUGGGAAACAGGAAAAAGAAAAGGUUCCCUCAACUGGAAACAAUGCUAUGAUAUAAUUUUGGGCACAGCAAGGGGAUUGACUUAUCUACAUGAGGAAUUUCAUGUGUCUAUCAUACACAGAGAUAUUAAGAGUAGCAAUAUCCUCUUGGAUGAACAACUUCAGCCAAAAAUUUCGGACUUUGGGUUGGCGAAACUCCUACCCGGGGACCAAUCUCAUCUUCGCACAAGAGUUGCAGGAACAAUGGGAUACACAGCACCUGAGUAUGUACUCCAUGGUCAAUUAUCAGCAAAGGUUGAUAUAUACAGCUAUGGAAUUGUAGUUUUAGAAAUCAUAAGUGGUCAAAAGAGUACUGAUAUGAAAGCUGUUGAUGAUGAUGGUGAUGAAGACUAUCUUCUUCGACGAGCAUGGAAGUUGUAUGAGAGAGGCAUGCUUUUGGAAUUAGUGGACCAAAGCUUAGACCCUAAUAACUAUGAUGCAGAAGAGGUGAAGAAAGUCAUAGGCAUUGCUUUGUUGUGCACUCAAGCAUCGGCUGCAAUGAGGCCAGCCAUGUCUGAAGUAGUAGUCCUACUCAGUAGCAAUGACUUACUUGAGCAUAUGAGACCUUUGAUGCCCAUCUUUAUUUGAAAUA